UCAGUGCAAUGCCUUCAAGGGAAUACAAAAAUUUGAUGAGAAGGUUUUGUAGGUUGCUGCUGCAGACACCGGAGGCAAGUAAUUUUAGGAUUUUUGGGCCACAUAUAUAUCUAUUUCGUUGCAACUUUUAUUGGUACAUAAAACAUGAUAAUGGACACACGUAUAAGCAAAAAAAGCUGCCAUCUUACAACCGUAACACGGCUUGGUUCAACAAACCACGAGGUGUCCUCCAUAUAGAAACAAUAGAUCCAGUGAUGGGAUUAUACCAACCCUACAUGACCUAA